AUGGAUUUGAAAUGUCCCGGAGCUCGCACAGACGCCUUCUUCGUCCAUGCAGUCCCCAAGGCCUCGUUGCGUGAUUCAUCAGAUGCUCUCACAGCCACCAAGAUGAAGCGUGGGCCAUCGCCACAGGUCAGCGCCGUCAAUCAUCUCACGCAGCUGCCAGGGCUACAGCCGUCUCCAGCCAGUGCCUUUGACCAGCUUUUCGUCUCUCACUUCGUCGACGGUUUCUUCGGAUCCGUGAGACCGCCUCUACCAAUACCGGGAGGCUCCUCCAGGAUUUGGUUGCACGAGCUCCCCGAAUUCCUCGCCUCUCCGUCUCCAUCUCCCGUCCAAAGCUCCAUCCGGGCUGCGUCAAUGCUCAGCUAUGGCACCGCUGUGGGAGAUGCGUCUAUCAAGACCGAAGCCUGCCGAUGGUACAUGAGGGCACUGCAGAGCCUGCGACUGCUGUUGGGCUCAUCUUCUCCGGAGACUUCUGUCUGCGCAGCCGUCAUGCUCACCCAUUUCGAGACGUUGGCGGGCACUAGUCCCAGGGCAUGGCUGAAGCACAUCAAAGGCGCGGCUUCGUUGUUAGAAGCGCAAGGACCUGAGCGCUGCCAAGGCGGAUUUUUGCAUCAGAUAUUCAGUCAUCUGCGGCUUCAAACGUUUGUGGCGUCAAUGGCGGAGAAUGAGCUUCACCCCUUUGCCUCGCAAGAGUGGAUGACAAUUCCGUUCCAGGUUCACCCAAAACUCAUUUUCGACAAGCUUGUUGACAUUCUCUUUGCUGUUGAGAGAUGCUUGUCAGUUGCAAGCCAUCUAAUCACAUCCACGGCAGACAAAGUACAGCAGCUGAAGCACAAACUCAACAUUCUCAUCCAGGAUGCACGGCUCCAGAUCCACCAAUGGCGAUUGGAGGGACUCUUAUACGCCUCUAGACAGGAUCAACAAGAAGAUCAAGGGCAGCCAACCCCUGUUGCCAAUGUCCAUCUCGAUGCAUCUGAUCCACGUCACUUCAUGCUGCCAUAUGUCGACAUUCCUUCAGCGGCAUUAGUCACGCUCUAUGAUACAGCCAACAUCAUCGUGCUGCGUCUGUUGUGCCUUGUUUUCCCCACAGCAGCCUCGUAUAACUCGCGAAUCCAACAUCAUACGAAGUCAAUCCUCUCCGCACACGCAAUGACGAAUGCAGCGUCUAGCGCCGUACCGGGCCGCAGUUCCAUCAUGAUAGUCCAGCAGUUGAAAACUGUUGCCUUGUGGAGUCCCUCUCCGCAGCAAAGGGCAUUGGCCGUCGAUAUUCUCGAGGGACAGACCAGUCAAAAUAGAGGCUUUGCCGACAUAUCUGCGCCAUCUCACGAAUAUUUUGCCGAUGUGGCGGCUCAUAUUCUCGACAAUUACCCCGUCGAAUGA